UUAAAGAUUAUUAAAAAUUUGAAUAUAUAUAACUGCAAAAUGGAUAAUUCGGAGGAUUUCUGUGCAAUCUGCUUGUGCCGCAAGCGUCGCAUUGUGAGCACUCCGUGUAAGCAUACAUUCUGCAAGCACUGUCUCAAGAAGGUCUACAACGAUUGCACAUCCAAGACGUGCCCCUUGUGCCGUGCCCCCUUCGAGUAUUAUAUUCGUGAACGUCAAUCGACCGUAAAAAUUGUAUUUUUGGCAUAGGCAACUUUCAGUUAAUCUGGAUAAUUUAGCUGUUUAGUUUAUUAAAUCUUAAUGUUU